GAGAAGGUGGUACGGUGCACCAGGUGCAUAUAGGUAGAGGUAUCUAGGGAUGAGCUCGAUUCGAAAGAGCCAUAUGUUAACGUGGUGAAGUGCCGCCCCGGCACGCGCCACAUUCAACCGGCAACCUCUCCGUCGAUCGGCCAGAAGAUCCCGCAGGUGUCGGUGAUGGUUAAAGUGCUCAAUGUUGUAAUACGGAUAAACAACACGUCGGGCAAAAAAAAUCUAUCAUCAGCAAAUUUUGCCAAUCGAUGAAACGGGUCGAAUUAAACCUCGAUGAGAACGUUUGAUUUCAUUUAUCGGUAGUGAUAACGGAGUUUUGUUUUUUUUUCCGAGUUAUGCGGUGAUGCUCUCCGUGGAACCUUGCGAACGACGAGUCCAGAUAUUCGACAUAUUUUAAGGAGAAUCGGACCGUCCGGGGGACGAAUAUCUCGGCCGAAAAUAUGGCACUGUUGUCCAACCAUCACAACAGCUAUCAAACGUCGUCGGAAAUGUUAACGCCGAUUUAUCCGACGCCCGACAGAUCGUUCGAGCCGCUCUAUCAGUCCCCGUACACGUCGCCGCAUUACGAAACAAUGAGAGCGCAAUAUCGUGAAGGGUAUCAACCCGACGGUGAAAUUACGCCGAGAAGAGACGUCGAGAAUUCGGAUUAUCGCCGAGAAACCGGUGAGUUUCAUCCGAGGACACCGGAGGGAUACGAAAGAGGUCCUUACGGGGUACUAACUCCGCUGACACCGCAACGAUUCGACUCGCAGCGUACCGCUACCGCGAGUAUGGAUCCCAACAUCGCGUCGCCAAGAUCGACGUUCUACGAAGAAAAUUCGACGGAUUAUCAGCCGGCGACUUAUUGCUACGAAACGCCGCCCCAAGAGCCGAGAUUUCAUCCGGGCGAGUCGAGCUCCUUUCAAUCGGAAACCGAGCCGAGAUCGCUCUGCUGGGACCCCGUCUCGUCGACUCAGGUGAGUGGAGUUUGUUACAGAUCGCGAUAUUCUUCUGGGAAAAAAAAUGAGGGAAACAAAAAAAAAAUCAACGUAGGAGCGGUGGGUAUUGUCACGACUAUUUCAAGUUCUGUGAUAUUUCAGAAGAUCCAACCCUCCCCUACGUCGAGUCCCAGAAGAGGACGUCGACGUUCGCGGGACGUUCCGCCGUCGCCGAACGUUUUGAAACGUCGACGACUGGCGGCGAACGCUCGCGAGAGGAGGAGAAUGAACGGAUUGAACGACGCCUUCGAUAAACUGAGAGAAGUCGUUCCCAGUCUAGGAGCUGAUCACAAAUUGAGCAAAUUCGAGACUCUGCAAAUGGCUCAAACUUACAUAGCGGCUCUUUGCGAUCUGCUCGAACGACACGAUGGAAAGAGAUGAGAGGGGAUGUUGACGAAGUGCUUGGAGAUCGGGAGAAUGAAUUUUGAGUAAGAUAGUUUUUAUACCUCCCCGAAUUACAUCGGGAACCGAAAUUAUUGAUACUAUUAUUAUCAGUCUUACUUACAUGGAAAAGUGGUUCAACUCAACUGCGUGCGAUAUUAGAUUUAAUGACAUAAGCGUCGAUUUUAAUUUAUUUAUUAUUCUUUGUUCAAUAAGUCUGCAAAGGUGUGUGAAAUACGACCAAAGAUAUUCGAUCACCGAUCAUAUGUAAUUACUUGUUAGUUUUUUUCUUUUUUUUUUCCAUUUCUUCGUCGUUCGCGGAUGCGAACGAAGAGAGACAGCUAAAAAUCCAAAGACUAAAUUUUGUACGAAGGUUUUUCGAAACUUAAGCUCGAACUCAAGUAUUAUAACGAUACCGACGCACAUUGAGUUCGUUAUAUUUAUAAAAACUUGACAUUUCAGGAUUUAAUUUAAGAAUUUUAUGAUACUUGUACUUGAAUAACGAUAACGAUUGUGUUUAGAUGAUAAGUGUGAAUUCCGUGCCUUAAUCCGGAAAAGCUUCAUGAUCUCAUAUUAUUCUAUAACGUAGAUAAACUUCCCAAGGAAUUUUCGGUAGCCCGAAACUAAGUUUUUCGGAUUUCAGAUUGGUGUAGAUUUUACAAUCGUAGAAUUUUUUCUCAUCGUCUUCGACGCUCCGUUUGGAGUUCGAAGGCUACCCACGAUCGCGAUCCGUCCGUACGAAUGUAAAAUAGUUAUUCUCGAAUAAUUUUUGGAGUCUUUUAAGAAUAAUUAUUAAUUUUAAUGUUGACAAGUUUUCAAUUUAUUUAAUAUCUAGUCAGACUUCUGAUUCGUUGGUUCUUCGUGAUAUUGGGGUAUAACACCGAAAAAAUUGAUCGACGGCGAUGUUUGUGAACUGAUGUAAUUUUUACGAGUUAAUUACCAAUUUACGCGAAAGUAACUGUCAUUGAUAUCGGACGAUAUCAACGAUUUAUUCCUACUAAAAUUAAUUGAAAUGUAAUUGUAAUUUAUAAAACGAUAGGUAUAGACACAGGGGACCAAAUGUACAGUAAAAUAUUUUUAUAAUUAUAACCUUAUCCCAAAUACCAAAGAAUCCGACAUUUAUGAACAA